GUUUUUUGUUUGACAGGUUAGUGACAAUUUACCUAAUGACAGGUUAGUGACAAUUUACCUAAUGACAAGUUAGUGAUACUUUACCUAAUGACAGUGAUAGUUUACCAUAUGGCAGUGCCAGAAAGUCAAGGUGCGUCAAACGAUGAUUGUAAAAAGGCACAAAGAUGCCUCGUACAGAAUUACAAGACAUUUUUCCCCUACACAGAGGAACUCGAUAACCUAAAACUUAAGCCCACCUGCAAUGCACGGGAAUUUAUGGCAAUAUGUGCUAAACGUAUCCAAAGGAAUUGUGGAGAAAAUAAGCAUUUUCAAGGCUUACUGAGCCCUCUUCGAGUCUCUGAAUCUUUGGCAGAUCAUAUUUGUAGUGAGUCCGGAAUACAAGGUAUUAGCGAUCUCAAAACAGAUACAUGUGCGCCUAUCAUCUCAAGACAAUUGGAGAUUUGGAAUGAAUGUGAUGCUUUUCCUAAUUGCACAAUGCCAUCUGAACGUGAAAAAGCUAGAUGUCGCUUGGAAAAAAGACAGGCCUGUAUGAGGAAAAAUCUACUCGAAUGGUGCACUCUAUCUGCCGUGGAUGUUUAUUUAAAUGUCCUGUUUAUACCUUUAUAUGAAACUGCUUAACAUAAACAACCUAUUCAACUCUCUUAAGGUUGUGUUUUGAAUUUUAAAAGUUGUUUUUUAUUUUGCGUUUUGAAUUUUUAAAAAAUAAUUUUUGGUGUGUUUUGUGCUUUAAAAAUAUAGGUGUUGUUAGAAAUAGGGGCAUGAUUAGUGAUGAUGUAAUUUUAGGGGUUACGUAUAAUCUUUAAUAUGGUAAUUAGCAAUAUAGCUAUUAUUUGUAUAAAUGGAACUUUAUUUUAAUACGUUUUUAAUAUUUCCUAAAUAAAGUAGCCAACAAAUUUAGCUUAAUUGUUGAUAAUAAAAAUUUUUUAGGUACAGUUUUUUUAUGUACUCAGGAAAAUAUUUAAUCGCUUGCUAAAUGAAGAAAAACGAGGUGAAAUUAAUCUUUUAAAAAGACAUAAACACUGCUGUAUUUGAGAGGAGAUUGGACACAUCGUAUAUUACAGAUGGAUUAGUGUUUGGCUGGUUAAUUGUUUUAAGUUGGGUCAUUUUAACAAUCGCUUUUUAUUUUUUUCUACAUGACGUCUCAUUUUUUCAAACAAAUCUCCGGAAUUGUCGUGUGGAUAAUGUUACACAGGCGACUUUCAAUUACAUAACUAGACUUUGUUUAGCUAUUACCGUUUUAAGUGUAAAUCAAGUAUCCCAAUUGUGUAGCGUUAUUUUAAAUAAAACAUUUACAAAAAUGUAUAGUUAUGUCUACAGUUUAUUUUGUAGAGUUUAAACGUUGUUUUAAAUAAAACAUUUACAAGUAUAUUUAUCUGUUUAGUUCAAGCGUUAUUUAAAAU